AUGGCCAAAAGGUUUUUUUCAGCUGAAGAGGCAGCUGCUCUGUGCAUGGCAUCUAGCUCAGAGGAGUUUAGUGACUCUGACUCUGAUUCUGAGUAUGUGCCAUCAGAUAGUGACUCGUCUACUGACGAGUCACCAGGUGGGAGUAGCAGCACCGUUACUGCCCUUGAGGAGGCCAUGGAGCUUGAGCAGGAUUUGGAUGAUCAGGUUGAUCAGGGUGUUGAGGAUGAGGGAGAGGGCGAUAGGGCUGAUGCUGCAGCUGGAGGAGAGCCUGCGUGGGGGCCUCCUGGUAAUUUUCAUCCUGAAAUCCCCCCAUUUACUGCAGUCUCAGGUGUAAAGGUGGACACCAGAAAUUUCGAACCAAUUGAUUAUUUCCAAUUAUUUUUGACGGAGGCCAUCCUACAGGAUAUGGUCCUCUAUACGAAUUUGUAUGCCGAGCAACAUCUUGCCCAAAAUCCCCUACCCAGAUAUGCUCGAGCACAUGCGUGGCAUCCCACAGAUGUUAACGAGAUCAAGAGGUUUGUGGGCCUCACUUUAGCAAUGGGUCUCGUAAAAGCUCAUUCUUUGGAGUCCUACUGGGAUACAACUACAGUGUUGUCUAUCCCUGUUUUUUCAGCCACGAUGCCCAGAAACCGGUAUCAGCUACUGCUCCGGUUUCUUCAUUUCAACAACAAUGCCACUGCUGUACCCCCUAAUGAGCCGGGACAUGACAGGCUACAUAAAUUGAGGCCCCUUAUAGAUAGCCUGUCACAGCGCUUUGGAGAAGUGUACACCCCCUCCAAAAAUAUUUGUAUAGAUGAAUCACUUCUCCUCUUCAAAGGGCGCAUAAAAUUCCGGCAGUACAUCCCAAGCAAACGUGCCCGCUAUGGGAUCAAAUUUUAUAAGCUCUGCGAAAGCAGCUCGGGGUACACCAGUUUUUUUAUGAUUUACGAGGGCAAGGACUCCCAAUUGGACCCCCCUGGUUGUCCCCUUGACCUGACUGUCAGUGGCAAAAUUGUAUGGGAGCUCAUCACUCCACUUCUGGGCCGAGGUUACCACUUAUAUGUGGAUAACUUUUAUACAAGCAUCCUCCUAUUCAGAACCCUUUAUUGCUUGGACACCCUAGCCUGUGGCACUGUAAAUCGUAACCGAAAAGGUUUGCCCAGGGAUCUGAUAACCAAAAAAUUGAGUCGUGGAGAAAUUUAUGCCCUGCGAAAUGAUGAGCUCCUUGCCAUCCAAUACCGCGACACAAGAAAUGUAUUCAUGCUGACGACAAUCCACGACGCGUCAGUAAUUGCAGAACAGAGAGUUGGCAGGCCCCCUAAAAACAAACCUCUCUGUUGCAAAGAAUACAGUAAGAACAUGGGUGGUGUUGAUAGAACCGAUCAAGUCCAACAUUACUACAACGCCACCCGGAAAACAAGGGCCUGGUACAAAAAAGUUGGUAUUUAUUUGAUUCAAGUGGCCCUUCGAAAUUCCUAUGUUGUGUAUAAAGCAGCAGUACCAGGCCCCAAAUUGUCAUAUUAUAAGUACCAGCUGCAGAUAAUCCCUGCCCUGUUGUUUGGUGGUGUAGAGGAGGUAGUGCCCGAGAUGCCUGCUAGUGACAAUGUCGCCCGAUUGCUUGGGAAGCACUUUAUCGACACUCUUCCACCCACUCCUGGCAAGCAAUUUGCACAAAAAGCUUGCAAAGUGUGCCGCAAAAGGGGUAUCAGACGAGAUACACGGUACUAUUGCCCAAAGUGCCCUCGCAACCCUGGGUUAUGUUUCAAACCAUGUUUUGAAAUAUACCAUACGCAGCUACACUAUUGA